CUGAAAACACAACACACGAUCUGUUGUAGGAAAUUUGUGGCCUAGCUAGCACAUAAUUAACCGAAAAUGGCUUUCGAUUCCAUUCCAAAGGACCUUCGCGCAUUGCGGGCGUGUUUAGUGUGUUCGAUGGUGAAGUCCUUCGAUCAGUUCGAAAACGAAGGAUGCGACAACUGCGAGGAUUUCCUGCGAAUGAAGAACAAUCGGGAGCAGGUAUAUGAUUGUACGAGCAAUAAUUUUGAUGGAAUGAUAGCCGUGAUGAGUCCGGACGAUAGCUGGGUUUGCAAAUGGCAAAGAAUAAGUCGGUUUGCGAGAGGAAUGUACGCCAUCUCUGUGUCGGGAAGACUUCCAAACGGUAUCAUCAGGGAGAUGAAGAAUCGCGGCAUACCUUACCGUACACGGGACACCAGUCAACGAUAGAGGACUGAAC